AUGGAAACCAACACACUCACACUCCCAAAACCCAAGAGGCAAAUCUUCAUUCUCUCAGGCCAAAGCAACAUGGCCGGUCGCGGCGGAGUCAUCAGGGCUAACGACAGCAAGUACUGGGACCGCGUCGUUCCGCCGGAGUGCCACCCUCACCCUUCCAUCCUCCGCCUCGCCGCCACCCUCCAAUGGGAACCGGCAAACGAGCCCCUCCACGUCGACAUAGAUACCACCAAAGUCUGCGGCGUGGGUCCCGGCAUGGCAUUCGCCAACGCCCUGCGGCCGCGCGUGGGAGACGAGGUAGGGCUGGUCCCUUGCGCCGUGGGCGGCACCGCCAUAAGGGAGUGGGCGCGUGGGGAGGAACUGUACAAGAAUAUGGUGAAGAGAGCGAAGGAAAGCGUGAAGGGGCAGGAGAGUUGCGAGAUCAAAGCGUUGGUGUGGUACCAAGGAGAAAGCGACACAAUCAGUGAGGAAGAUGCUGCGGUUUACAAGGACAACAUGGAAACCCUCAUCCACAAUGUACGACAAGACCUCAAUUUACCAUCUCUUCCAAUUAUUCAGGUUGCGUUAGCAUCAGGGUCUGAGUACAUAGAGAAAGUGAGAGAAGCACAAAAAGCGAUUGAUCUUCCAAAUGUGAUAUUCGUGGACGCAAAGGGAUUGCAAUUGAAGGAAGAUAAUCUUCACUUAACCACCGAGUCUCAAGUUAAGUUGGGUCACAUGCUGGCUGAGGCUUAUCUUACCCAUUUUCAUGCCUGCCCUACUCCAAAAGAAAUCUGA